CCAACGCGAACCCGGUAUUUCAACAUUACAUCGACUCACAUCUAUUAUCAACACGCCGAGUUAAAGAUCAUAGACUCUUUUAUUAUUACAAUGUGUUUUACAACCAUCGACAAUCUGACUCAAUCGGAUUACAAUUUGUUAUUCCAUCCACCAUUUUUACUUACAAUACCUAUCGACAAACUCAUUGAUCCGGCAGCACGCACAAACGAUGGCAAAAAAAUACCAAGACCUCAGAACAAUUGGGUGCUAUUUAGACGCAAUUACGAGUGUUAUAUUCGCCAACGUACCGACAGAGCUUAUAGCGUUUCAGAGAUAUCUAAAAUGGCCAGAGAAUAUUGGCGGAGCCUGCCUGAUAUCGUCAAAGAUUACUUUAGGGCACUUUCAAAAUUGGCAAAGCAAUUCCAUCGAGACAAGUAUCCCGACUACAGUUAUCAUCCAAAACGAAGACAGGAUCGAAAGGAAAAAUGGGUGUUUAAAGAUAUGGGAAACGGGCAAUUCACGGGAUGCAGAAAAAAUAAAAGAAGAAAAGUACAAGAAAAGACAGAGUACGAUCAGAUAGUGGAUUUGCAACAAUUUGACUUACCGCACGGCAGUCACCAAGCCUCGUAUUUUGAUAAUAUUAUACAACCGCAAAAUCUUGUCACUGUACAUUCCGACUGUUCCUCGUCGUCUACCCUGCUGCCUUCAUUCAACAAUGAAAUUAGCGUCCCCGGUGUAGUUGGUGUAGUUGGUGUAGUUGGUGUAGUAGGACAUGAUUGGCACAAGGUUUAUUAUCCAGUGUUUGAUGGACAAGGAGGAUUCGUCCAUGGACAAAUAGGACAAAACGUUAUGCUGGAAGCAUAA